GAUUCAAACCGACAUGCCACGUCCCUCCAACUUCUUUAAUGGUACGUGUGGUCACUUUAUAUUGACUCUCAAGCACCAGGACAGACAGAGCCAAGUUGCAUUCACAUUACAAAUCAUUCAAUCAGAUCAGCAAAUGGGCAAUCAAUAUACCUCAAAGGUUCCUUUUUCUCCAUCUAUAAAUAGGGGUUACUCACACUUCACUCAUCCAUCCCUCCAGCAAACAAGCUUCUUUUGAGUCUCUCAUUGCUUCCCAGUUUUCAUUCCCCUAAAGUAAUGGCUUACUCCAAGACGUUUCUCCUUCUGGGUCUUCUAUUCGCUGUUGUCCUUAUCCUCUCCUCUGAGGUGUCGGCCAGAGAGCUAGCCGAGGCUGCACAUACCCAAGGGAGUGUGGAAGACGCUAAGUCCUGGGGACAUGGGCAUGGCCAUGGACAUGAACACGAGCAUGGCCACUGGGGACAUGAACAUGGGCACGGCCAUGGGCAUGGGCAUGGGCAUGGACACCACGGCCAUGGUGGUGCUGGUGAGACUGUGGAGAAUGAAACUGAAGCUGGCGAGAAUUAGAUAGCAUUUCUAGCUGCUGUAUUUUCACGCCCAUGGGUGGAAGUAGGUUGUGUGGUUUAUGUGAGUUUGUAUGUGAAUAAGGCAUGUGCUUGUCAGUGGUUGCCACCAAUGUUCCUCUAGGAAGAUGGUUGUGUUGCUUUGACAAGAUGUUAAAGCAUGUGUGAAACUUGCAGAUGUCAACUUAAUUAUUGUCCUGAAAUUAGAACUUUUUCCAA